AGAGAAGGUAGAGAGAUGGCGCUGAGAGCAGCCGUACUGCAGCACGUGCGAGUUCCGGUACAAACCCUAAACCCAGCCCUAACCCUAACCGGAGGCAAAUGGACCUCACCUUCUCUCCGGUGGAUGUCAUCGCACGGCGACGAUCAUCUGACCAAAAGCGAGGUCACCGACAGAGUCCUCUCCGUUGUCAAGAGCUUCCCCAAAGUCGAUCCUUCCACGGUGACUCCUGAUGUAAAUUUUCAGAAGGAUUUGGGCUUGGAUAGCUUGGAUAAUGUGGAGAUUGUUAUUGCUCUAGAAGAAGAGUUCAAGCUAGAGAUCCCAGAUUUGGAAGCUGUUAGGAUUGACUCCGCUAAUCUGGCCAUUGAGUACAUCUAUAACCAUCCAAUGGCUUCGUAAGUCUCUUUUGCAGCAGCUUUUUCUCUUUGCAUGAACUGUUUGAACGUAAUUUUGUUUCUGCUCAUGUGAUGUGUCGAAAUUUGAUCACCACGGUGGUUGAAAAAUAAUUUGCAUCUGUCUGAAAAGAGUUGUCUUCCUGGAACUAAAACUUACCAAUGUGUAUGCAAUGCUUCAGUUGUAAACAAUGACAUCUUCGAUCCAAUCAGUCUGCUGAUUGGCUGUGUUCCUUCCGAUAUCUUAAAUGCUAUUUACCAUACACGGUUUCA